GUACCCCGCCAUCACAAAGGGUUCAAUUUAUUCUUGGUGAAGAUGCAAAUAACGACAAACAUGAAAUCCACCCGCUUUUCUCAGAAAUGGAAGAGUUGGUGGUGGAUGGCGAUGAAAUGGAAUGGAGAGAAACAGCCAGAUGGAUUAAGUUCGAAGAAGACGUCGAAGAAGGUGGCAAUCGAUGGUCAAAACCGCACGUUGCUACUCUUUCCCUACAUUCGUUAUUUGAAUUAAGAAGUUUACUACUUAACGGAACCGUCAUUUUAGAUAUGGAAGCAAUGUCUCUAGAGCAGAUUGCCGACUUGGUUUUGGAUAAUCUGAUUAAUAAUAACAGUUUGCCUUUUGAUAAAAAAGCGAAAGUAAGGGAAGCCUUAAUGAAACGACAUCGACAUCAGCAUCAGAGAAAACAGCAUGCAUUGCCAUUUAUACGGUCAUUUAAUGAAAUGAAAACACAAUCUUCUUCAAAAAAAAAAACAUCAUCAAUGAAAAAAAGUUCAAGUUACGUGUCUAUACACAGAAAUCAUAGCUCAGGAGAUCUCUCAGAAGUUCAACAUAAUUUAGGAUUCAUGAGAAAGAUUCCUCCAGGAGCGGAAGCCAGUAAUAUAUUGGUGGGUGAGGUGGGAUUCCUUGAAAAGACAAUCUCCGCUUUCGUUAGACUCACGACAGCUACAGUUUUGGGAGAUUUGACUGAAGUUCCAGUGCCAACAAGGUUUUUAUUUAUUUUACUUGGACCACCCUCUGCUACCUCAGGUUUCCAUGAAAUUGGUCGUGCUAUGGCUACACUAAUGUCAGACGAGGUUUUCCACGAAGUAGCAUAUCGGGCCCGUAGUCGGAGUCAUAUAUUAGCAGGAGUAGAUGAAUUUCUUGACGCAGUUACAGUAUUACCUCCCGGUGAAUGGGAUCCAGCCAUCAGAAUCGAACCACCUGCCGCUAUUCCUUCCCAAGAUUCACGAAAACGACCGCCUGAAAAAUUGGUCGAAGAAAUUGAUGAGGAGGAAGAAGAACAAAGGCUAAGAGAAGAGUCUGGUUUAGCCAGAACCGGAGUGUUAUUCGGGGGACUGAUAAAUGAUAUUAAAAGAAAGACUCCAUUUUAUUUAUCUGAUUUUAAGGACGCGUUUGCUAUGCAAUGCAUAGCUUCGUGGAUAUUUUUAUACUUCGCAUGUUUAUCACCAAUUAUUACGUUCGGUGGACUUUUAUCCGAAGCUACAGGAAAAAAUAUGGCUGCUAUGGAAUCUCUAGUAUCCGGAUUUGUUUGCGGUAUUGGCUAUGGUCUUUUUUCGGGACAACCGUUGUCCAUAUUGGGAUCAACGGGACCAGUAUUAGUAUUUGAAACAAUAGUUUAUGACUUUUGUGGUACAAUGAAAUGGGAUUAUAUGAGUUUUAGAUUCUGGAUAGGAACGUGGACUGCCAUUAUCUUAAUGAUAUUAGUUGCUAUAGACGCUAGUGCUUUUGUGUGUUAUAUUACCAGAUUCACGGAAGAAAAUUUUGCAACACUGAUUGCGUUCAUAUUUAUUUAUAAAGCAGUGGAAAACGUAUGGGCCAUUGGAAAGAAAUUUCCAAUUACUGUAGACAUAAACAAUAUAAAUAUAAAUGAAUGUUCGUGCACUUGGAAUGAUACUACACCACCGAUGCUGUUGAAUAUGUCUACUUCCACUACUGUCAAUCAAACAAUGUGCCAGAAAUUAAACGGAACGCUGUCUGAAGGAUGUUUUCUACCACCAUAUACUCCGGAUAUAUUUUUGAUGUCAGUUUUGCUAUUCCUUGGAACCUUCUUUAUUUCAAUACAACUAAAAGACUUUAAAAAUGCUCUCUUCUUUCCAUCCAAAGUACGUCAAUUUAUAAGCGACUUUGCUGUUAUAAUAGCUAUAUGUUCCAUGACUGUGCUAGACAUGUAUGUCGGUAUUUCGACACCGAAACUAGAAGUACCGCACGAAUUCAAACCAACCCUUCCUGGUCGAGGCUGGGUCAUAUCACCUUUCAACCAUAACCCACUUUAUUCAGUAUUUGUAGCAAUACCGCCGGCACUACUAGGUACCAUUCUUAUAUUCAUGGAUCAACAAAUAACUGCAGUUAUAGUUAACAGAAAGGAGUUUAAACUUAAAAAAGGUUGUGGGUAUCAUUUAGAUUUAUUCAUUCUGGCAAUCCUCAUCGAAAUCUGUUCAAUUAUGGGACUACCAUGGUUUGUAGCAGCCACCGUGCUCUCCAUAACCCACGUCCACUCUUUGAAAUUGGAAACAGAAUGCGCCGCUCCAGGUGACAAACCACAAUUUUUAGGCGUUAGAGAGCAGAGAGUGACACAUAUUUUAAUAUUUUUGUCCAUUGGAUUAUCAGUAUUCUUGACACCUAUGUUGGGACAUAUACCUAUGCCUGUGUUAUUUGGAGUAUUUCUGUACAUGGGGAUAUCUUCCCUAAAAGGACUGCAAUUUUUCGAUAGAAUGCUGAUUAUGUUUAUGCCAAAUAAAUAUCAGCCUGAUUACAUGUUUUUAAGACAGGUGCCAAUAAAGAAAGUUCAUUUAUUCACAAUUAUACAAUUGACUUGCUUAAUUUGCCUGUGGAUGGUAAAAUCUUUUAGCCAAACAUCAAUUCUCUUUCCUUUGAUGUUAGUGGUAAUGAUUGGAAUUAGAAAGUCAUUGGAUUGGAUAUUUACAAGAAGAGAACUGAGAAUUUUGGACGAUGUCAUGCCGGAAAACAAUAAGAGACACCAGAUGGAGGAGGUGGGGUGGCGAAUUUCUAAAUAUAUUCUAGGUCCUAAGUUGAUUACGAACAAAGAGUAUAUAAAGUGCAAUCAAAACAUGAAAGAGUUUUAGGCUCCAAAAUAUUUACAACUCAUUAUUCUUAGUUAGGAAUAAAAUCCAUAUUAAAAAUUAUGAUAAUGGAAACAAUAUGAUUUAAUAGUAAUUAAAGAUGGUUAUAUGAUUUUAACAUUUUAAUAAACAA